AUGGGGCAGCGGCAGCGGCGGGGCCCGGCCGUGCUGCUCCUCGCCCUGGGGCACCUGGCCGGGCUGCUGGCAGCGGGACCCGCCUGCGCCGACGCUUACCGCGGCCUCUCGGACUGCGUGCUCAAGCUGGGGGACAGCAUGGCCACGUACGAGGAGGAGGAGGGCAUCGAGCUGCAGGGGCUGCACAGGGUCUGCAGGUAUUGGGAUGAAUUCCACACCUGUGCCCUGACAGUGCUCUGGGAGUGCCAGAAGGAAGCAGCAGCUGUCUGGGAGAUGCUGAGAAGGGAGUCCAGAAAAACCAAAUUUCAAGGCAGCUUGUUCGACCUGUGCAGCCCCAGCAUGGCCCAAAGCUCUGCCUGGACCCACGUUCCCAACAUUUCCAUCCUCAGCAUCCCCCUCAUUGUCACUUGGCUGAACUUAUAAACUGCAGCUCUGUGAGUAUCCCAACAGGAGUGGUGGCAGGGUGUGGUGUGGCACAUUUCAGAUGUGUUUUCCAAACCUUGGAGGAAUACACUGUGUGGAGCUCAGAAACUCCCAGCUCCAUCCUGCACCUGUGAGACAUGGAAGAGCUUGGCAUCAUCUCCAUGGUGUUGAAAUUUCUCUGUAAUUUGGAGUAACUCCUCUCCCCCUUCUGCCUCAAGGCACAGGCACAGAUCUGGCUGUCAGAUUUGGGAACUUGUAAAUACAGGGCACAGGAUUUGGGGAGAAAUGGUAAAUUCUGGGAAAAAAAAUGAAUGCUGGACUCUUUUAUGGCAACUGGAAGGAAACCUGUUUACUCUGCUGACUCUUUCUACCAGAUCAACUCUCCAGGGUUUUGAUUUGGACACUCAAAACAAGAUGGGUAUUUUUCCCACUGCUCCCUGAGGUGCAGGGGAUGGUGUCUGUCCUGUCACAGGCUGAAGGGAGUCCUUACUUUCUUCUUUGAGGACGUGGUAAAACCCCUGCUGAACAACAAUCACAGUUGCAUGACUUCUCUUGCACACAUCUGAAUUUCUGAGUAACUUCUGUGUUAUGUGUAAAUCCCUUUUCUAUGGACAGAGGUGAAAAAUAUUUGGGGGAGAAGGAGUAUCAAGCUAAGAGGACAAAAGGGGUUUAUAGCAACUCCUCUGCUUUAAAGCUUUCCCCAAGGUACCUGUAAGCAGCUGUGGGUAGAAUAUGUAAUUCCAGAGUAUUAAAGUUUGUUGUAGAGCCAACAGCGUGGCAGAAGUUAUUUGUCCUUGCUCUUGCUCAACAGCACAGUCUCCUCUUGUCUCCUUUGUGGCUCAGUGUUGUCAGUUUUGCAGCUUCAGUACAAGCAUGGAAGUAUUUGGAACAGAGAGGUGUUUGCAAGUGAUUUCUGAGUAUGUUGGAGAAACACAACAAUUUUAUUGGUUAGCCCAAGGCAGCCUGUGUUUUAUGGAUGCUGAUGGAUCUCUGUGCCCUGCCAUGGGGUGUGUGCUCAGUGUGAGCAGGGAAACCAGAGCCCUGCUAACUCCACAGAUCCCACCAGAUGCAUUCCAGACAUUGGGCAAGCUUCUGGAGCAAAGGAUCUUAGUCCUAGCAGUGCUGUUGGGUCAUGCUGCUUUCCUCUGGCGUUCACGUGUUCUUCCUCUUACCUUCACCAUCCCUCAACACUCUGCUCCUGCAGCAGCAGCAGGAGAUAAUGAAGAAAUUGGAGCAAAUUCCAAGAAAUAAGCCAGAGCAGCUGGUGUUCAGACAGCACUUCAGUGCACAAGUUGUUACUUAUGUAUUCAGUACUCAGCAUCUGGGGCACAAAGCCUUAGGGUGAGCACUGGAGAAAGGGUAAAUCAGAACAUUGUAAAACCUGGAGUGAACCACUCAGAUGCUUCAUUUUUCUCUUUGUACUCCAAGCCAACAGCACUGUUUGCUGUUUCAUCCUGUUCUCCUUUCCCUGUUAACUUUAGUGGCUGGGGAAAGCUGAAGCAGGGGAGAGUGAUGUACAACCAAGACUGGAGUAUUUUGGCUCCAAACCCUGUACCUGCUCUUUGUUUAGAACAACUGUUUAAUGCCAUGAGGAAAAGAAAUAAGCACAGCCCCCUAAAAUCCCACAACCCUUGCCUUGUCUUUGAAUUUGGCAAUUCCUCUCUUAAAAUUUUCUACGUUGAAACAGCUUUGGGAAAAGGGAAUGUAAAAUAAUCAGAUUGGCAAGAAAUCUUUCUGCAAAACCAUGGAUGCAAAUGGCUGACUGCCACUGCCAUCAUCUCUGAGAAGAACAGGUCUUGGGACAUAUCUUCCCUGGAAGCA